UCCCCUGCACAAGGACGCUUGCCUUGCCUUCCUGCAGCUGCAUGUUGGAUGUGCAACUGCACAGAGCUCCUGCUCCAGGAAGAAGCAUCUGUUUUCAACAAGAUGCCAGAAGAUGGGAGAACUUGGCAGCUUGUGGAUCUCCUUGGUAAAAAGAAGACUCUGCCUCCUUCUGUGUCAAGAGGGGUGAUUCUGAUCCUUGCCUUCCUCUGUAAAGAUACGUUGAGCCAACCACCACAAAAGUACUCAAUAAAUGUUCCACAUCAUGUCGACGUGCAACGAGGUCUCUCUGCUCGUAUUUCCUGCCAGUUCACUUAUGCUCCACAUGACCUCUAUUGGGGGAAUGAGAUAUAUGGGUACUGGUUUAAGUUUCAUGAAACAGAGCGACAUUGUUUAAAACCAGACAGUUCCUGCCAUCAGGGUCAUCUUAUGGCUACCAAUGACUACAGACAGAGUGUUGAGACCUCUGCCAGGGACCGGUUCUAUUUAACGGGAGAUCCAAAGCAAAGAAGCUGCUCCUUCCUCAUUGUUAAUGCCCAGUUGGAAGAUGCAGGACUGUACUACUUCAGAGUUCAGGCAGGAUGGAAAUUAAAAUACAGUUACAGUAUUUCACCUCAAGUUUCUGUGACAGAAAAACCUCGGGACAUCCAGGUCACAGUGGCCAUAUCGCAACAUCAGCAGCAAGUCUCACAUUUGCAGAAGAAGGAAGGGGAUUUGGAGCCUGUGACUGUCCAGGAAGGGGACAGUGUCCACCUGCUCUGUCAGGCCAGUGGCAACCCUGAUCCCGUCCUGACUUGGAGGAACCAGAAUAAGACCUUCACGGAAUCCCUUCCAUUGGCCCAGGUUGGACUGGAGGCGGCUGGGGAGUACGAGUGCCAGGCAGUGAACUCACUCGGCUCAGCCAAGAUCACCAUUCAGCUGCUCGUGCAAUAUUCUCCAAGGACAAUGACAUUCCGUGUUUCCCGGGCUUCCAGGAAAAACCAAACACUCACCCGAGAUGCCCCCCAGGAAGUGGCUGAAGGCUCCCAGUGGAUGGCCGAGGAAGGCAGCUCGUUGUGGCUUCUUUGCAAGGCCGACAGCAGCCCUCCAGCCAAAGCACACUGGAUAAAGGAAGGAAGGACCCUGGAGAGCUUCCCACAUAGCUGGCUGGCGCUGACCAACCUGACAGUCACAGACGAGGGCAAAUAUACAUGCCAGGCGGAGAACUUCCUGGGACUGAUCUCGGGGACCUUCCAUCUCUACGUAGCCCAUGCCCCAAAGGUCAGCCAAAACUCCCUGAGAAAUACUACGUGUUGGUACAGGGACAAGGGCUUUGUCUGUGAUUGCUCCCUGUCCUCCAAGCCUGGCCCCGAGAUCCAGUGGCAGGUGGAUGGGGAGCUGAUCAGCGGGAGCAGCAAUGACAGCAACUGGCAGGUGACUUCCUUGGUCCAGGAAGAAGAGGCCACCAGCUCCCUAAACUGGACAGGAAGCCUGGAGACUGAUCACAGGAUCACCUGCACUGGGAGAAAUGCUUUUGGAGUCUGCACAGUGCAAUUCCUGCUCAGCUCCUUGAAAAACUGCACCAUCACCGCCUCCUCCACAGGAAGCCCUGCGCCUUGGUUCGUCUCCGGGCUCUUUGGGGGCUGGCUGGCAGCCAGCCUCAUCCUGCUGGGCCUGUGGAUGCUCAGGUUUCAUAACCAGAAGAAAACCCACUCAAAAGCAAGCAGCGUCGGACCUGUAGAUCUCACCAAUGGAGAACAUCAGAGAGCGAACAGCAGCAGUCUGAUCUACAGCAACAUUUUACCUGGGGCUCCAAGAACACACCUUGUUGGCCCGUCCAAAGCAGCUGAGGAGAGAAGUCCUAAACCUGGCCCAGUCCGCAGAAUUCCCAGCCCGAGAACAGCUGAUCCAGAGCAGCUCCAUUACGCAUCCCUGGCAUUCAACCUGAAGAGCAGAGGAGUCCCCACACCAGACGAGGAAGCCACAGAAUAUUCAGCAAUCAAAUAGAAAUAAUGCUCUUGUUCCUCAGCAGCCCCCCCAUGGGGGAGGCAGGCGAUUCAGGGACGGGCACAGGUUGCUCUGCUAACCAUGCAAGACUCCAAUGGAUUCAGUACUUCCCAGUGCAGAAGGAAAACUGGGGUGGAUGCAGUUGGAAGAACAACUCCCCUCAAUACACCAUCAAGUUCCCACUCCUGAUGGGCUGAGGAGAAAAAGCCUUGGGGCACUCCAGAGAUGGAUGGAGAAUUCCAUUACGGCAACUCGCUUACCUUGGUAUCAUAUGCACGCCUCACCUGGGAAGGAAGGAUCAGAAAGAGAUGACUGUGGGCUCAUCCAACUACCUUAUGCAUCAUAAGCUAAACAGAACCUGCCCAUGUGCCCGGGAACUGCCCAUUUCCUUGAUUAGCUGAGCUACUCUGAUGUCGCAGAAUGUUCUCUGGAAAGGCAGGAACUGCCAACACAAAAGUAUUCAUGUACAUUGCACCAUCUCCUAAAACUUAUUGUGGCUCAAACAGUUCAUCUUGCAAAGCAUGUGCACUUGGAGGUGUCCAUAAACACAGAUAUGUUUAUUUUAUCCAUUUCUAUUUUUCUAAAUAUUUUCAGUCACUAUCCCUAUUAUUUCUGGCUUUGAGGGUAUCAUUCUUUCAUGUAUCUAUCUGAUAAACUUAGAUGCUUUUUAUAUGGUGCAGCAAUUCCAUAGGGUUACUUUCUAUGUCUGUGGUUUGAUUUGCAAACGCUGUCCUAGUUCUUAUGAGGAUCACCUCUAUAGCUCUUGUUAUAGGUCUUUUCUUAUUGCCACAUGGAAUGCUACCUUUAGAGACCAUAACUUGCCCAAAGUGACGCAGUAAGCUAACAUCUGUAGGACUGAACAGCACCCAUGAUGCUUACGCCAAAAUAAAUUGGUUAAACUUUAAGGGGCUGUAAGACACUUUCAUGUUCUUACAGUGAGCUAAGUGUGCAAUUAAAGCUGAAGACCAAACCUGUUGUGAGCUUGUCCA